CAGGCGCAACCGUUCUGCCUACUGUUUCAAAUUUAGUUAGAACAGUUACAAUAUUUUCGUUUUAUUUUUUAUUUUAAACAUAAAAAUACUUCGCUUUGUGCUUUGCAAAAUGUCUACAGGAACACGAAAUUCUACUUUGAGCAGUAUUCUUCUAAAUUAUGCCGAAGUAAAGGUGUAUACGUGAUUUUAAAUUGGAAAAGUUUGACCAAAUAUUUGCUAGUCCCAAAAGGGAAUAUGUCACAUGAAACUGUAUUAAUGGAGACCGUUAAUGGCUUUAGUGUUGCUGAACUAACAGAAGACAAAGAGGAAAGUGAUUCAGAAAGCGAGGAGGGGGAUGUUUCCCCGUUUGUUUUGACUCCAAUCAGUUUUAGAUCGCUUGUUGGUCAUGAUGACGAAGUGAACGCUUGCUGUUUCUCUCCAGACUGGACCAGGCUUGUCUCGGGAGGAGAUGAUUGGGUAGUCAAAGUCUGGGAUACACAUUCCGGUCAGCCCGUCUAUACUUUGACAAGCCAUAAAGGUGAGGGCAGAGAUGGUACGGUUGAUUGGCCCAAGCUUGCCAGGGCUUGAAAUAACAGGCGAUCACCGAUCAAUGAUCGUCAAGAAAUUGCUUAUGAUCGGCAGGGUUUCCAACUGCCGAUCACCAUGAUCGGGAACGUUAUUUCAAGCCCUGCUUUUGUAAUCUUUUUAAGUAAGCGGCUGUGGUAUGUGAGAAAGCAUCGUACGUAUAUAGUCAUAAACUGUGGUACUAUAAGGUAUGCCAAACACAGGGCUGGUAUACUUUAUAGCCACAAACCCUGGUUACAAGGUAUGGUGAAAACAGGCAUACGUUAUAGCCACAGAGAGUGGCUAUAAGGUGUGCCGAACACAGGCUUACUUUAUACAAAUUGAUGUUGUGUUUGGGACUUUGGGUAGGUGGGUCAAAAAUAUUAUUCUUUGAUGUUUUCAUGGAUUUUACCAUGGCAAAAUGAAUAUUUUCAAAAAAAUCUUGCCAUAAUUCCAAUUGCCAAAUCUUGACAUUUCAAGGCUGGAUAAUAAUCUUAUCAAUGUCAAUUUGAUGUUUUGUGUCACAACUUCGAUAUAGAUGUGGCCCCUAACCCAUUGAGUACUGGUCAGCACUCUCCACUUGACGAUUAAAAUUGUCUGGCAUUGGAGUAAAAUAACAAAGCAAUGCACAUUAGGGUGUAAUGGGGAUUGAAUUAACUGCAUGGUAGUGCCCUAGGAUCAGCCCAUAUUCAAUAUUUUAUUCUAUCUAUAGCCAGAUGAGUUUACUUGCCACAGAAAAGUACUGGAACUCAAUGGAUUAGUGCAACAAAUCAUUACAGCCGUUCCGCACGUUGUAACCAAUAAUCUAUUGGUGUUAUGAUGCCAUUGCAUGUGUAUGCAGUAAAGUAUUGGGUUGUAAUGGGUCUACAAUAACACUAAUCCAAAUGCUAAUCCAAAGCCCUAACCUCUAACUGAUCCUAGCUAACCCUAACUAGCUUACACAUAGAUGAUGACCGUUUUCUUCUAAUUAGGGUUGGGCGAUAUUAAAAAAAUCAUUUCACGAUUAUUGUCAAGGAAAUUAUCACGAUAUUCGAUAAUAUCGCGAUAAAUGCAAUAAAAACAAUGACCACAUUUUUCAAUUUUAAUUAAUAUCAUUGCAUAGUAAGCUUAUAUAUAAUCUUAUUAAAAACAAGUAAAACAACAAAUUAAAGAAAUAUGAAGGAUUUUUCUAGUCUAAUAUUUACUGUUCAUAAACCAGAACUGUCUAUGCAGUGUCUACUGUGUCUCUGCUGGCACAAAUGCUGUGGCCACACAGCGCAAGCAAAGCCUGGAAUUCCAUUGUUCAGCUGAUUAUAAAUACUUCAAUCAUUAGCUUUUGUAUCGUAUUAAGUUCGUAUUUAAUUCAGAAAAUAGUUUUAAUUCUUUUAAAAACUAUAUUUUCUAGCGAAUUGAAAGAAUUUUUUAGGAUUUUAUAACAGCUAUAUACACAUGUGAAGCAAUAUCACGAUAGUCAUCGAGCAUGACGAUAAUUUUGAUAUAUCUUCGCUCAAGUUUCUGCCUUCGAUACGAUAAUCAUGAUUGAAAAUAUCGCGAUAAAUCAAAAUAUCGAAAUAUUGCCCAACCCUACUUCUAAUAAUCUCCCCACCCCAGCGCGACCAGCGACCCUUUUAGGACCAUUACAUUUAUAACUAAGACUUUUGUCUAAUACUUGUGGUUUUGUCUUCAGUUACAACCCAAUACUUUAUUGCAUACAAUGGCAUUACAACUCCAAUAGAUUAUUGGUUACAACGUGUGGAACAGGUGAUCAUUAACAACAGACUGGUUGUAACUGUAUAGGAAUUUUGUAUAGGUGCAAUAAAGUGUUGCUCUUUUGCUCGCAGUGGAGAUAUAUUUGCGACUGGCUCAUACGAUCACAAUGCAAUUAUUUGGGAUGCCAACACUGGGAAAGAGAUUCAUAAAUUGCAAGGACAUACACACAGCGUGGAAACAUGUAGUUUUUCAAAUGACAGUUCUUGGCUUUGCACAGGAUCUUGGGAUUGCCUGGCAAUAAUUUGGAGUGCGAAGGUGACAUGUCUCACAUUAUUUUUCUUGGCCCUUGCAAUGAACAUCAGUGAUUGUUACUUGUUGGGAGAAUGUAAUAAUGUUUGUAGAGGUGCACCGGAACUCAGUUCCAGCCAGAACCCAGAACUCAGAGUUUUUCAGAGCUUUAAAAAUUGGUGCAGCCCUAAUUGUUUGUGUUUUACAAUUUCCAGACAGGUGAUGCUAUGUACACUUGCUCAGGUCACUUGAGCGCUGUUCAGUGCUGCACAUUUUCUACAGAUUCCAUGUACAUGG